UCUCACACUCUCUUAUCAGUUACACAGAGCGCUUCCAUGGCUAGUUUAAGCUUCAACGCCACGAGAAUUAGAACCCCAACGCUUCAAUCUCACAAACCCAUCUCCAAAUUCAUCUCCCUCACGAAACCCAUCAAAAUAUCAUAUAGUUUCUUCCGGAAACCUUCACAAAACCAAGCAAAACUCGGCCUUUUCCGGUCAGAAAGCUCCGUUUCUGCACCAAAAGAAGUCGAAAUUGAUGAUGAAGAGGAUGACCCAACGGCAGAAAUGAGCUAUCUUGAUCCAGAAAUCGAUCCCGCGAGCAUUUCGGAGUGGGAGUUGGAUUUUUGCUCCAGACCAAUACUAGAUAUCAGAGGAAAGAAAUUGUGGGAGCUUGUUGUAUGUGACAGUUCGCUUUCACUUCAAUCAACAAAGUACUUUCCUAACAAUGUUAUCAACAGUAUCACUUUGAAGGAUGCUAUUGUGUCGAUAAGCGAUGAUUUGGGCAUCCCUUUACCGGAGAAAAUCCGCUUCUUUAAGUCACAGAUGCAGACAAUUAUAACAAAAGCGGGUAGGGAGCUUGGUAUAAAACCUAUUCCAGGUAAACGGGGGCGUUAUGACUAUGCUUUACUUUUCUCUCUGUGUCAAUUUUUAGUUCAUUUUAUUUUACUUGAAUUUGCUGUGUGUUGAGUUCAAACCAAAUUAGCUCCCAUGUUGUUAAGAGCAAAUUAGGAUGAGAUCAUGAAUUUGCCUUUGUGCUCGGUUCGAGAACUACUUGACCUUUCCUUUUUCUUUUUUUUCUCUCGUUUUGGCUCCUUGAAAACCAAGAAGAAAUCAGUACCGGUGCUCUCUUGUUCUUGCAGCAACAAUCUCUUGAGAAGUAUGCCUUUGCACAUCAAAGGAAUUAAAGGAUCAUCAGUCCAAGAAGAUUUCUACUCAUGUAAAAAAGUUGUCAAUCCAACACUCGGA